ACUUAACAUGGCGGCCCCCACUGAAGUAUCUGUCAAGAUAACAGAAAAGCUUUCAGCUCGUUUGUUAUUGCUUUUAACAUCCAGUAGCGUGUCUGAAAAUGUUAAGGUGCAGUUUGAAGCCUGGAGAAGCGAGCUGAAUGAAAGGCCAGACCGUCUUCCAUUAAAGCUACUCAAGAUAUUGCAUAAAUGGAAUCAAGAGCAAUCAGAUUCAGAGAAAGUUUAUUUACACGAGUUAUUGGCAGAUUCUGAGGUCUUGCUUCCACAGCCAGUAAUGGAACCCCGGAACCCAGAGUUGGUGGUUCGACUAGAGAGGCUCAAACACGAACAAGAGGACCGCGAGUAUCGAAAGAUGACCAAGGGCGUCGAUCUUACGUGGCGAGCAAAAGAAAAGCAAUCUCUGAGCAGUGAACUUCAAGGUGUGAAACAGCAACUGAUUGCAAUGUUUAACUUUGUGCUCACGGUCGUCUGCUCGUUCGUGUUUGGAUAUAAAGCCGCGGAGUACUCCCUACCGACACCUCACAUUCCCCUGCAAAUAUUUGUUGGUUUCCUGUUGGCGUUGAUUGUUGCGAUCGCUGAUCUGUACUUCAUAAUAAAGAACCUGUGACAACACAACGAUCAUCUCAUCACAUGCAGGAUGUCCUCGCUCGAACGUCACCCAGGGAUCAUGUCUCCAGCAAGGCCUAUAGCCUGCACAAUUUAUUAAGCGGUAAAAUUUCAUGAUGCAGCCAAGUAGUGACGAGGGAGGGGUCAAAUCCCGGUCAACGUGUGUAGUGCUGGGAACUACCUGGCGAUUUACACUUUUUAGGGGCAUUUGCAUUUAUAUAUUUUUUAAUUAUAGAGGUAGCUUGCGGCAGGCAGGCUACGCCUAACCCUGACUCUAAUAUUUUCCAUUUUUAAGUGGCUACACCCUCGCCUGCCAAACGUAAUAGAAAAGUUAUCAUCUCAAACGUUCAUAAGUCAAAGUUGUGAGCAAGCAUUGUAAGAAGGAUGAACAUAAAGUCAUGCAAACAGUUCCACUACGUUCAGAUGUACGAAGUCUGUGGCAGACGUAUCAACAGCCGAGUGAGUGAGACAGUGGGCGGGUAGGUAAGGGAGCGAGUGGCCGAGUAAGUGAGUAAACGACCAAGGAAAAUACAUGUAUGUGUGGUGCAUACAGGUGCAAGGCAUUGAUUGCAAGAAUAAGUAUUUGUAAUAGGUGUAGAUAGGAGAUUUUCUUUGUAUGACUGUAUAUAUGUUAUUGUACAAUAAAGUAACCGUAAAAUAUUACAAAAUA